AUGUCUUACUCGGCUCUCCCUCAACCUCACCACUCGCAACCAUCACAUGCACCGCCGCUGCAUCAGCCCCCAUCGUGCUGGACGUGCCGCGUCCGCCGCAAGAAGUGUGACCGCACAAAACCCCGCUGCCAUGCCUGCACCGCCCUGGAGAUCACAUGCCACUACAGCGAGGCCCGCCCGGAGUGGAUGGACGGCGGCGACCUGCAGAACGAGAUGGCCAAGCGCAUCAAGGCCGAGGUGCGGCAGGGCGCCGAGGCACGGAGGGAGAGGCAGUACGUCCAGGUGCUGACGCUGCACGAGGACCGCAUGAGGAGGCCAGACGACCUGUCCGAGGAGAGGCCGGCGCCGCACAGGCCGCAGAUGCAGAGCGUGCACCAGCGGCCCAGCUUCUCGUCGCUCAACAACGCGAGUGGCGACGAGAGCAGGAGUGACGCCUCGGGCGGCGAGGCCAUGAGCAUGAGCAUGAGCAUGACGCCCGGCACCAGCCCGCCCAGCUCGAGCGAGAGGUCGCCGCCCGUGUGCCCGGACUGCGUGACGGACGGCUUCGUGGCGCCGCCCCUGCCUCCCGCGCACGAGUACACGGUGUGGAAGCUGCUGGGCAUCGACAACGAGCGCGACCGGUCCAUCGCCAUCGACGUCGAGACCGACUUCACCAUCACCUUCCUCGACUACGUGUUCCCGUUCCUGUUCCCCUUCUACCAGCCGUCGGUGCUCGAGGGCGGGCGCAGCUGGCUGCUCGCGAUGCUGCGCAGCAACACGGCCUUCUUCCACUCGGGCAUGAGCCUCAGCGCCUACUUCUUCACCCUCAUCCUCAAGGGCGGCGAGCGCCACCAGGUGUGCUCGCAGCAGGUCUGGAACAAGCUGGUCGCCCACGUCGACACCGCGGUGCGCGCCAUGCAGCAGGACAUGGAGGACCUCAAGCGCGGCCAGGACGGCAAGACCACCAUCUUCCAGAAGGGCAAGACCAUGGAGAGCAUCAUCCAGCUGCUCAUCCUCGAGCACUCCAUGGCCCGCACCUCGGACUGGAACGUCCACCUGUCCGCCGCCAUGGCCAUCUUCCAGGAGGUCUUUGAGGAGUACGGCGUCGGCCCGGACGGCAAGCCCGACAUCCCCGCCGUCAUCCAGGCCCUCAGCAGGCCCUCGUGGAACCAGGGCAUGAUGGAGCGCGUCGUCUGGCAGUGCGACCAGGGCGCCUUCCGCUUCUUCUCCGCCUUCCUGCUCUACACCGACAUCAUAGCCUCCACGUCCCUCGAGAGCCCGCCCAGGCUGCGCAACUACCACAACCUCAUCAUCCAGGAGGAGACCCCCAACAUGCCCUGCGAGAUGCUCCGCAUGGAGAGCUUCUUCGGGUGCCAGGGCUGGGUCCUGCUGGUCGUGGCCGACAUCGCCGUGCUGGACGCCUGGAAGAAGGAGAACAAGGCGCGCGGCACCUUCUGCCUCAACGAGCUGACCGAGCACGGCAGCAGGCUGCACCAGCGGCUGCAGAGCGGCCUCGCCCGCCUCGAGAGGGAGAGCUUCAAGAAGAGGCCCUUCGACAUCACCUCGGUCCUGCGGUCCUACUACCGGCCCGACGCCGCACACCAGAUGCGCAUCGACGAGCAGGUGGCCGCCACGAGGAUCUGGGCCCUCGCCUCCAUGGCCUACCUGUCGGUGGUCGUGACGGGCUGGGCGGCGGCCGUGCGCACCGCCACGAGCAGCAUCGCCGUCGCCAUGCAGCUGCUCUACGGCAUAUCGAGCCCGGCCGUGCUCAAGAGCCUGACCUGGCCCUUCUACAUCCUGGGCUGCCUGGCCACGAGGGAACAGGAGCAGCUCUUCACGCACAUGGCGUCGUCGAUGGGGCCCCUGCUCGAGUUCGGCACCGUCGGCGAGAGCAUGAGGAUCAUGAAGCGGGUGUGGGAGCUCAGGGACUCGGGCGGCAUGGACCUGGAGAACUGGGACAUUGCUGCGUGUUCGAGGGUCUACGGCAAGCAGGUUUUGAUGACUUGA